CUAAAUUCAAAUUGGAAAGUGCACUAUAUAUUUUAAAGUCUACUAAAUAACGCGUUUUUGACCCGAAUGACCUUCCAUACCAAUCCGCCACAUUUUUCAAAAGUCAUUGCUAAAAGACAGAGCUUGUGUUUGUUUCCUCAUCCUUACUGCUACCAGCGAUAUAGUACAUAAAAAAACAUGUGGUUUUAUCUGCGUUUGGUCAUGUGAUUAUAACAUCCGGGUGAGAGGUGGCUCGUUGCAUGUCAGGACCAGUUUGGAAAACCGAAGUAAGCGCGAAGCAGUCUCGGGUAGUGUAUAGCGUAUAGAAGUUCAACUACGACAGUAUUUUUCAACAAAGUGUCUAAUCUGCAGUGCAAAUUGAUGAACCAGUCAUCAGGGGUAUACCGUUCUGCAAUGUCACAGUCCCCGCACACAAGUGAAGUCUUUAACCAGCUACUGGGAAUGCUGGACCAAACCUCCUUUCACUCGAUUCAGCCGAUCGAGCUGGACUUCAGUGAGGCUCCUGAGAGUGACUAUCCCGGGAACACGAUUCAGAUCAGCAUGGACUGCAUCACCAUGCAGAACCGGGAGGAGGCAGACCCCCUGUGGUCGCAGUACACAAACCUGGGGCUCCUAAACAGCAUGGACCAGCAGAUGCAGAACGGGGGCUCCUCCUCCACCAGCCCCUACAACAACGAGCAUGCCCAGAACAACGUGACGGCCCCCUCUCCCUACGCCCAGCCCAGCUCCACCUUCGACGCGCUCUCCCCGUCGCCAGCCAUCCCCUCCAACACAGACUACCCUGGGCCACACACCUUCGACGUCUCCUUCCAGCAGUCCAGCACCGCCAAGUCCGCCACCUGGACGUACUCGACAGAUCUGAAGAAACUGUACUGUCAGAUUGCCAAGACCUGCCCGAUUCAGAUCAAGAUGAUGACCCCUCCCCCGCAGGGCGCGGUGAUCCGGGCCAUGCCAGUGUACAAGAAGGCGGAGCACGUCACAGAGGUGGUGAAGCGCUGUCCCAACCACGAGCUGAGCCGCGAGUUCAACGAUGGCCAGGUAGCGCCGCCCAGUCACCUGAUCCGAGUGGAAGGAAAUAACCAUGCCCAGUAUGUGGAGGACCCAAUCACUGGCCGGCAGAGCGUUCUGGUGCCCUAUGAACCCCCCCAGGUGGGCACUGAGUUUACCACCAUCCUUUACAACUUCAUGUGCAACAGCAGCUGUGUCGGGGGAAUGAACCGGCGCCCCAUCCUCAUCAUUGUCACACUGGAGACCAGAGAUGGUCAGGUCCUGGGUCGCCGCUGCUUCGAGGCCCGAAUCUGCGCCUGCCCGGGCCGAGACCGCAAGGCAGACGAGGACAGCAUCCGAAAACAGCAGGUCACAGACGGAACAAAAAACGGUGAUGGUACGAAACGCCCUUUCCGUCCAACGUCCCACGGCAUACAGAUGACAUCGAUUAAGAAGAGAAGAAACACAGAUGAUGAAUUAUUUUGUCUAUCUAUAAAAGGCCGUGAGAUUUAUGAGAUUUUGGUGAAAAUUAAAGAGUCUUUGGAGCUCAUGCAGUUCUUGCCACAGCACACAAUCGAAACAUACAGGCAGCAGCAGCAGCACCUGCUCCAGAAACAAUUCGGUGUCUUCGGCGACGAGAGUAACGGCAUGUAUGCUUUUCCGUGCCCCAGGACCUCCAUGCAAUCACCAUCCUCCUACGGCUCCAGCUCACCCCCACUCAACAAAAUGCCCAUCAUGAACAAACUGCCCUCCGUCAGUCAGCUCAUCAACCCGCAGCAGCGCAACACACUCACCCCCUCCGCCAUGUCCGGGGGCCUAGCCGACAUGGCUCCGAUAAUGGGCUCGCACAUCCCCAUGGGCAGUGAUAUGAGCGCGCUCAGCCCCACACAGGCUGUGCAGUCCCAGCUGCCCAUGCAGCCGCUGUCGUCACACUGCACCCCCCCGCCCCCCUACCCCACCGACAGCAGCAUCUCCAGUUUCCUGCUGAGGCUUGGCUGCUCGUCGUGCCUGGACUAUUUCACUACCCAGGGGCUCACCAGUAUUUACCAGAUCGAGCAUUACAACAUGGAGGACCUGUCCCACCUGAAGAUCCCGGAGCAGUUCCAGCAUGCCAUCUGGAAGGGGCUCUCGGACCACCGGCAGACCCUGGAGUACUCCCCCUCCCCCUCCCAGCACCUCAUGCGCUCCACCAGCGGGGCCUCCAACGCGAGCGUGGGCUCCUCCGAGGCGCGUGGUGAGCGGGUCAUCGACGCUGUCCGCUUCACCCUGCGGCAGACCAUCUCCUUCCCCCCGCGCGACGACUGGAGCGACUUCUCGUUUGACAUGGACUCCCGUCGGAACAAACAGCAGCGCAUCAAGGAGGAGGGCGAGUGAGGUCCCCUCGCCGGACACGACUCUCCUGUGACACCCGAGACCCAUGACCACGGUGCACACCGACUGGACACGCAACCUGUUUUCAUUCUUCAAACUUUUUAUUUUAUUUGACUUUUGAAAAUUUUUUUUAAACAAAAAAAGAAAAGGGAUAAGAGAAUGUUGCACUUAAUUUUUUUUAUUUUUCUUCUCCCGAUAUCUUGGCUCUGGUUAUUGCAGGUUGGGUGGGUGGCGAGUGGUGGUUAUAAAUUAAGUGCGUUUUUUUGUUUUUUUGUGACACAGCACUUGCAGUACAUAAAAAAAAAGAAAAGAAAAAAUUCCUUUAGAUUGAAGCUUUGCAGUCUGCUCAGCUGUAUUCUUGUUUUAGGAUCAUCUUUAAUAUAUAUAUAUAUAUAUAUAUAUAUAUAUAUAUAUAUAUAUAUUAAAGAAAGGUUCGGGUCCUGCAAACAGACAUUGUCGGUGCUGACUCUUAUUUGGUUUAAAAUGUACUUUGCUCCCUGUACUGUGGGGUUACUGACUGAUAAAAAUCCUCACUUUUUGGGGUAACCCUUUAAGAUACCAAAUGUAAUUAAAUAGUGGGAGUAGCCAAGUGUUCUGCUUUUUUUGUUUGUUUUUUUUUAAUAAAAAAAGAAAUAAAAAAAAAUUAUAUAUAUAUAUAAGACUGCCAAAAGAAAGUAUUAUGCCAUCUUUAAAGUUCAAUUACUUGAAUUGCAUAACAUUGGUUUUCCGAUCCAUAAUUACAAGAUUAAGUAUUGUUUAGUAACAGCCUUGUUUUACCCAUUCCCCUGAUCCUAAUCUGCAAGUCCAGUAUUGCUUCACUGGGCUGUUACAGUAUUGGAUUGUACACACAGUAGACUGAACCCAUGGAGAGCUGAUGUCACAGUAUACCCUUUAUAGCCUUGUACAGCUGUUUUCUUCUUUAAUAUGUAGUCGCGUCACACUUACAUAAUGAUCAUUUAGUAGUCUCUUUUUUUUUUUUUUGUCCAUAUGAAAGUUGUUUUUUUAUGAUUUAAAAGUGUAUAUAUGUUCAAGGAAUGUGUUUCUCAUAAAUCUAGAUUUCUUCAUGUGUAUAUUGAAGGCAUAACAUUUUGAAAUGUAGACAGCUAUCCACCAUAUUAAAGAUUUAUAUCAAGGUUAUAUUUUCUUUUCCUAUGGGUUAUUAAAUCAGGGAUGGAAAUAAGAAUCCCAUUGCAUAGCAGUCUGAUCCAUUCCUGCUUUUACUAUGCGUUUAAUGACACAUCUGAGCUUGUUACCUACACACUGCUCGCAAGCUCGCAGUAAAACCUGGAAUGGGUGAAACUGCUAUGCAAUAGGAGUCUUAUUUAAAUCCCUAGUUAUUAAUACAGAUGUUGCCUCUAUUUUGUCCCUUAGUAUGGCUUGCAAUUCUCAGAACUGUGCAACAUAAACAGCAGAGCAAUAAAGAAAUCUACAAUGUAUUACUGUAUAUACAAUACAUUUCUAUCUAGAAGAUAACAUUUACAUUUGUAUUUGAAGCCCAGGAAUGUAUAACAACUUGAACAUCUCUACCGUAUGCUAAUGGCAAUGCAGUGGCUUGCGAUUAAAUGACAGAACUUCACACAAGAUACUGUGAGAAUAUGAAGUAACGUGUUCAUCCAUAACACUCGACCAGAACAUAGGAGUCACACUAGUAAACUCUGAAUUAUUCUAAAACUGUAUGUCUUCUGAGCGACUAAAACUAACAAAGGAACCAAGUCAAGCAGACAAGCUGUGAGUCUCGGCCAAUGUCUUUGUCAGUGUUAUUAAAGUAAGAUUCACAGGCUUGCUGUACUUCAUGAUCGUUGAAGACUCUUUUCUACUGAAAUGUUUUAGUGCCUUCCAAAGCCGAGCAUGUAUUAUAUUUCUAAACCUGACACCCUUUCGCUGUUUCACUGACCGGGGCAUUGUCUUGGCCGUCUGGGAAGCGAUCAUUUCAAUUUGUAUUUGUAUAUCGUUUAGUGUCCUUAAUUUCAGAAACCAGGCAACAAGAGCUUCUUGAGCAGUGCCAUUCCUGACAGAAAUCCAUUAUUGUUUGUAAAUAGUCAUGCUGGUGCAGAACGGUGAAAAGGCCAUGUUGUUGUAACGGGAAUAUUUUACAAAACAUCUCGAACCCUUUUGUAUGUAUUCUUCGAAUACUGGAAUGUUUGUGCCAGAAUUUGUGCCGUUUCAACUGGGUUCUUGUUCGUUGUUGUAAAAUGAUGUGUGUAUAUAUGUUACAGUUCAGAUUUAUUAAACUUACAAUUUUUUUAUAUUUGUAAUUUUGAUUAUAAACAACAGUGCUGUGUUUGGGAGAAUCUGGUUUCAGAUUGUUACUCGAAUAAAAAAAUAAAAUGAAAAGUAGCAUUGCU